GAAUAAUCCAGCGCUGGGUAUGGCAGUAGGGCUUUACUAUGGUUUUUAACGGUCCACCGGAAUAUUCAAUGGCUUUUAGCUCGGCAAGUGCGGCAAAAAUGUGCGCAAAGUUGUUUUUGUUUAAACUAUACGUUGACCAGAUCCAGGGAAUUGCAUAAAGACGCACAAUUUUUUUAACAGGCACGUUCCUUUUGUCCGAAAAUAAUAUCGAAACGAAAAAAAAAAAGGUGUGUAGCUGUGCAAUUUUUGGCACGAGCAUUGCCCCAACGUUAAAACGCAAAUAGAAAAGGAAUAAAAAAAGAGGAAGCAAUCGUGAUUUUUUUCACGUUACAAAUCUUUCCACACUAUGGAUUCGUCUACGCAAGAGGAAAUCAGGUCAGUUGUGCAACGACAGUGAACAAACGAACAUCGGCUACAGCCACUUGAAAAUCAAGUUGGAAGAAAGUUAUAGUUUUGAUUAGAGAAUGGCUGGUCGAAAGGAAAUCAACUCCGACAGACGUCAAGUUGAACAGAAAGACGAUGGGGGAAAUUCGAGUGACGUCGCACCGGAUGGAGGAUACGGCUGGAUUGUUACGGCAGCCAGUUUUCUCUGCAUCCUCAUUUCAGAUGGAAUUCUCUACUGUUUUGGAUUAAUACUUUCGGAAGCGGAGCGCAUUUUUAACGAGCCCGUCGCUAAAGUCGCGUGGGUCUUCUCAAUUAUUAACGCCAUUUCCUAUCUCUCAGGUCCGAUUGCUUCCGCUUUAAGCAACCGGUUCGGCUUUCGUGCCGUCAUCCUAACUGGCAGUGUUUUUGGUUUCCUCGGCCUGGCCACUUCUAGUUUGGCACAGUCGAUCGACAGUUUGUUUUUAACACUCGGUCUACUUUAUGGGAUCGCAACGUGCCUAGUUUUCACACCAAUCAUCGUAGGUGUGGGCCUGUAUUUCGAUAAAAGGCGAGCGUUGGCCACCGGAAUCGCAGUCUGUGGUUCCGGAGCUGGCACUUUUAUUUUUGCUCCGGUCGUUAACUGGCUAUUGGAAACGUACGCAAUCAGAGGGACCUUUCUUAUAUUGAGUGGGAUUUACUUAAACUGUGCGAUUCUUGGCUCUUUGAUGAUACCAUUGAAGCCUCAACGAAGCAAAAGAAUCGAACUUGUUACCCAAGAUUCUGCUGAAAUGGUCACACAACCUCUGAUUAUGGAACAAUUCCAAUGGAACACUAAAUUCGAGUUAAAGACUCUAGACCAAGGAAACUCAAUUAAAAGCAGCUAUUCUAUAAAACAGUGCGUAGAAAGAAGUGGAUUGAAACUGGCUGAGAAUUGUCUUUGGAAUUUCGUCCAAUUGUUUAAAUUUUCCUUGUUCCGGUCACCCACCUUUGUCGUCAUUUGCUUCUCUAGUUUCUUCCAGUCUUUCGGAUGGUUGGUUCCCUUCAUGUAUCUAGCAGCUCACGCAGUCAGUAUGGGAAUAUCGAAAGAGGAGGCUUCGUUCCUACUCUCAGUUGUUGGAAUAUGUAGCAUGAUAGGACGCAUCAUCAAUGGAUGGCUUUCUGACCAUCCCAAGGUUAGUGUUCUUCUCCUCAAUAAUAUCGGAUUGUCCAUCUCCGGUUUGCUGAUUAUAUUUUGCCCAUUCUUCGUCUCCUAUCAUUUGCUUGUCAUUUUUUCCAUCAUCCUUGGGUUAGCUACGUCGUGCACCGCCGUUACGCGGCCCAUUUUACUGGGUGAAAUGUUGGGCAUGGAGAAUGUUAACAAUGCCUAUGGAUUCAUGCUCGUGUUUUAUGGAAUUGCUACUCUGUUUGGAACACCUGUUGCAGGUUUGCUAUACGACAGUUUAGGUGAUUAUCAUGGUGCCUUUUAUCUUGCCGGAUCGUCUGUCCUUCUCUCCGCAUUAAUAUGUUAUCCACUUGGAACAAUUAACCGCCGGGAGAAGAAGUUAAAUUCCAGGAAGUGAAGGAUUCAUUUAAAACAAUUCCGUUUACCAAUAACUUUAUCUAUUGACUUUCAGCAGCUAUGUGUACAACUGGUUUAAAUUCAAAACCAGACCGCCUUCCAUUUUGCCAACCUUACUGAUGAAAUAUAUUUAUGAUUAAGA